AUGAGCCAGAACCAGAACCCCGAUGCUGUCAGCGACGGUCGCCAGUUUGCUGGACACGUUGCGCCCAGUGAGCCCCUCAUGAAAGGUGGUCACCAACCCGGAAAGCUCGUCGGCAACGACGCCGUCCCCGAGUUCAACGCACAAACCCUCCCCGCCGGCACCGCGCCAGCAUCCAAGACCUUCCAGCCCAACCCCGACCUAAACAACCAGAAGAUGUACCACCAAGCCUCCGACACCCUCCAAGGCGCCACUUCAGGUGACGUCCACACUGGUCUCGGCCAGCCAGUCCAAGGCCAAACAUCGCAAGAACUCCACGAUGGUUCCAGCAAGGGCCAGGGCCUGGCCGGCCUGGCUAGCGGCGUCAAGGACCAGACAACUGGUGGUGAUAUCAGGGAACUGAAGGAUGAUCCUGCACAUGCUCAUCAGAGGAAUCUUGAUGAUGUGCCUACUGGUCAGAGGGGUAACGUUGGUGGCCCUCCUGCUGAGGAGAGGGAGCCUUCAUCUGCUUAG